AUGUAUCACCUGGUCCAGGGAAUGCGCCAGUACUUUAUGCCUGAAGAGAGUAGCAGUCCUAUGCUGCCCAACACGUUUGCGUACAGCAGCCAACUGGAUCCACUGAUGCUUCUGGCCCUCUAUGUAAUGCCGAACACGUAUCUGAAGCAGGCCUAUCUUCUGCCCACACUUUUCGAGUAUCAGGUGAGUGGAUUUGGUUGGCGAGUGAGGCCACUCUUCGGUUGA